UGUAACAAGUGGCUUGUCUCUACAUUGGCCAAAACUCGUAGCGCAAGUUGCAACAUUAAACCAAGUGGUUUGUUUUGUUACGUUCUGGAACGCUUUUAUAUCCGUCAAACGCCGAAGCGCAGAAGUAGAGGUUACUAACUUCGUGACGUUCGCAGACGAUUUUUCGUUGCAGCGUGUGGAAGUGCACAUCCAUACAAGUAGUGCUUAAAGAAGGGCAGCUCGGCGUGUUUGCGUUACUAGCCAGAGUUAUAAGGAGACAAUGUUGGAUGGUGUUUUGUGAUCGUUUAAAGGGAAUGAGAGUGGAAGAACCGAGCACGCUUUGAGCACGGCAGCGUUUGAGUAGCCAGUGCCAUGAAACUGAAUCCACAGCAAGCUCCUUUAUAUGGUGAGUGUCUGUUGACGGUCCAGCUCUGUGAAGAAGAGUGUGUUGAGGAGGAAGAGGAUGUAGAGUUUUACUUGCUGUUUGCCGGCACCACACAGAGGCACGUUUCCAGCACUUUGAAAAUAAGCCAUGUCACGCUGCAAGCCGUGUGCCCAGCUCAUGAUCGCAGCGAAACCGUGCAGGUCACGUUGUGCCAGGCGCGGCCCGGGGGAUCAGUGGACCCCGUGGCAGAGGAGCGCUUCCAGUUCGUGCAGGACCUCGCCCUGGAUAUGGCCCAGUUCUUGGUCAAUGCAGCUGGGAAGACUGAAGGGGCGCUGCUACUGGACGAGUGUCAGAUCCCCCUGAAAGAGUGCGAGAGGUUGGAUGACACUUUGGCCCUCGCCCUAAGACACCUCCCAUUGCCACCAGGCUGGAAUUUGCUGUGCACAGACUUUUCUAUAGACACAGGCACUCAAACGGGCUUGGGAAUAGAACCUGGUCCACAAGACACCCUUCUGCACUUUGCGGCGGAACGUGGGCUACGCAAGGUAGCACUCUUUCUCCUCCAGCAACCCGGGGGAAGAGAGGCUCUACGACUCCCCAACAAACAGGGUUUAACACCAGCCAGGGUCGCCCAGAAGAGUGGCCACUUACGACUCCAGAAGCUUCUAACAGAGGUUGAGAACUUGCCGGAGUUAGAGACAAAGACGUCCAAGUGGCGUUACCCAGGAGAAAGAGUUCUGCGACACUACCCUAAGCUAAACACCUACACCCUGACGCUAGAGGACGUGCCAGGGAGUCCCCCACCUAGUCUGCGGCGUGAUGUGGAAGACCUCCAACACCUUAUUCAGUCACAUCAGAUGAACAAGGAAGAUCCUCCAAUACAAUGCAGCCCAGCCCUGUUGAUUCUUAAAAGAGACUCAAGUGAUGGUUCAGAGCCUGCUGAGUCCAACUCAUUGGACUUUGAGCAUCAGGAAUCUAGGGUUGAACAACAACAAACCAGUGAAUUGGUUUCAAGCAGCUCUGUAGAAGAUGAAUUGUGCCCUUUUCAGAACGGGACUGGAGACCAUGUCCAAUCACAGGACGGGGAGGUGGAGCCUGACAGCCUGGCUAUAGAGGAUAUUGGGAAGCCAUCAGAUAAGGCUGACUGUGCGCAGUGGUGGGCAAAGGGUGAUUCUGUGGCUUUCAGUGCCCCUUCCUGUGGAAACCAGUGGGAGGAAGCUGAUAGAGAGCUCUGCGUAAUCAGUGCCAAGUGGGGGGCUGAUAAGGGAAACCAAGAAGAGCUAGAGGCUUGCCAGAGGGGUUCAGAGACUGAAACGGACCAUAAAGCUCAAUCUGGCAACCCAGAGGUCCAAGACAUGGGCCAUACACAGUCUCAGGGUCCCCUCCCCACGGAAACGAGUCAACCUUCACAAACAGAGGAGGAUAAUGAAGGGAGUACAGAUAUUUUUCGUAGAGGGGACUUACCAGAGGAAAGGGAAGAGGAGACGAGCAGCAGCCAGGAAAUGGGCUCAAACUCCCCAGGACUUUCUUGCCAUGAUUCGGAGAUUAACGGUCAGCAUAACGAUGAGAUCGAGUACAAGCUGGCUGCUGAUGCCUCUGUGGGAACAGAUGAAUCUAAAGUUACUGUAAUUGAGUUUAAUUCUGAGGUUGCCUCGUCUGUACGAAACAGUGAAACUGUUAUUUGUGAUGGUGGUGACGAGCCAUGUGUUUGCAUGGAGACAGAGACAGGAAAUCUCAGCGAGAACACCAAAGGCAACACUGAGUCAGUUUCUGGUCUGGUAGCUGGUGACAUUAGCAUAAAGCAGAACUCUGGAUUUAGCAUUUCAGAGGGUGACCUUUUGGAUUCUAUAAGUCUUCAUCCAAACAUGGCACCAGGACCUAUUCAUAAGCUCCGGCAAGGACUUUCACCUGUUCCCGAGACAUUUCUUGAAGAACCAACUGUGGAGCCUUUUUUUCAGAAUAUAGAGGGUUCACAACAAUCUCACAAUGUCAUGUCAUCUUCAGAAACCGUAUCUGAAUGUCAGGAGGUUUUGUUAAACGACUCCUGUGUCAUCUGUGAGAAAGCAGGGGAUUCCGAUGGCAUCAAUGUGGAGGUAUUGCCUUGUCAGAAUGAAGGGUCUGAGGAAAGAAAAUCAGUAGUAGCCCCUAGUGAGACAAUGCAGAACCCUGAAGAGAUCAGUAAAGGGGGUACCUGUGAGAUAUCAAUUACAGAGGACAUUACUGACUCGGAAAUGGAUGAAAAAUCAAAACCCUCUGAUGACUCUUCUUACCCUGUUGACUCCAAAGCCUUGAUUAAAAAUUAUGUGCAACAGGAUGUGUCUGCAAUACUGUUUUCUAAACUUUCUAGUGAGAACGUUAUCAUAGGAACACAGUUAGAUAAUGAAGAGAUGCCUAAAACAGUUGUGUCAGACUUUUCAUCAAGACUGGUUCCUGAGGAACAAUCUGGAGAUGUCCCAGGAGAAUCAUCAAUUCCAGCUUCCAAAGUUUCUGCGUUGAAAGGGCAACAUGAAAAAAAUUAUAUAGCUCAGGAGGAACUGCUAAAGGAAAAGGAAAUUGACUCCACUUCACAGGAAAAAAUCAGCGAUCUCCCUGAUCAGUCGAAAAUCACACACAAUGAUGACGCAGAAUCCACAGCACAGAUUGAGCUUCCAGAAUCCUCCAAGGAGAGUGUGAACACACCAUCAGAGCCAACCACAGGAUGUUCGGACGACCUAAUUGAAGAUUUUUCUUGUGCUGCACCUCUAACAGAAAGCAGAAAUAGUAGACCUUGCAAAAUUCCAUUGACUGAUGAGGUUUGGAUCUCUGGUAGGGAAACAUGUGUUGACACCCCUACCGAUGUGAGGGAGACCGCUGUCACAGAAGAUGGGGUGGCCUCAUCUAUAGAGACCACCGGUGGUUCAGCUCUGGAGUUAGAGAACUCCUCCAUAUCUGACCCUCUCAAUGCCUUAUCCUCAAGUAUUGAGGUCACUUCCCUUACGGAUAUUAAUAGUGGAUUGCCCCAGGAUUUGGAACACACUUCCCCUGUGGAUGUAGACAAUGGUUUGUCUGUGGAAUCGCAACCUUCAGACACAGCUGAGAGUCUAAAUGGAUUACACGAAAAUACUCAAGACUGUUCAAUGGAGCAAAAAGAAAUAGUUGAGCAGCAUACUGAAGAACCACAUGUAAAACCAAUGACAGAAGAUGGCACUUUAGCAGGGGAUACAGUGGACGGACACCAAGACUCCUCAGCAGACAUAGAGAAUUCCGAAGUGAUCCACAGAGAGACAGAGACUUUCUAUUCGGUUGAUGCCACUCGAGAUGCUGGACUCCAAGAGAAGAAGUCCAGUUCAGUGAGCUCAGAAUUCCUCCCUUCGACUCCCUCACCAGAGAGUGUACGUCAUACAGAGUCAGCGAGCACCAUUCGAGCGUCCGCCAGUGAUGGUGACUCUCUCUUGAGCCAAGAUUUGGGCGAGGACUAUGUCUUUAAUAAUAAGGGUGAGGACAGUGUCACCAUCACCGACAACACAAGCGGUGUGUCCAUUUCCUACUCUUCCUCCACAGAUGACUCAUUUAGUGUUGGGACACCCAGCGCUGUUCCUCAGGCCAACCAAGGUUCCCCCACAUCAGACCCCUGUGAUGUGCCGCCCACAUCACCUGGAGCUUCGUCUGUUUCAGGAGAAACAGAGGAGGAAGAGAGAAAGGACUGCCUGACCGAGGUGCCGGAGCGAUCAGCUAUUCUACGUUCAUCCAUCCGAUCUCUCUCUCCUGUUCGAAGGCACAGCUGGGGCCCGGGCAAAAAUUCAGCAGGGGAGACAGAGAUGAGUCAACGCAGUACGGUGCGAAGUGAAGUGGAGCGCAGGUCCACGGGCCAUAGGAGAAGCAUGAGCUGGUGUCCUUCAGUUGUCCUGCACUCUGAGGAUGACGAAAUAAAUGAAAGAAGUUAUAGCCUUGAAGGACUUGCAGCGGAGAAGGAUGGAAGGAAACUCCUUAUCCAGCACGUUGAGACUAGCCAGGAACCGAACUGUCCGUCAAAGCUGGACAGGGAGGAGAGAGGCUCACUGGUGUCUCUGACCGAAGAGGAACAGGAAUCAGACCUAGGCGACUGUAGUAGUUUGGACAGUCAGAAGUCUGUACAGUCUGGAUGGAGAUGUGUCCAGCCCGCACACCCAAUUCUCACCAAGUCUGUCUCAAUGUUGGCCAUCAGUCAUAAGGACCUGGAUGGAUUGGGCUCUUUCAUUGGGACAUCAGGAUCGUUAGAAUACAGUAUAUCUGAGGAGGAUCCGGGUCCCUUGCGGAGUGACAGUGAAUUUAAAGGUGGAGGAACCAAAGUGAGCAGGACCUUCAGUUACCUCAAGAGCAAAAUGAGCAAGAAGAACAAGGAGAAGGAUAAAGAGAAGAAUAAGGAGCGAGAGCGAGAUGCCAAAGACAAGGAGAAGAGGGCCUCAAGUGGGCACCUCUUUACUGCCAUCACCACAGUACCUUCAAUCCGCUGCCACCAAUGCAACAAACCAAUCAACACUAAAGAUGCUUUCCUCUGCACCAAUUGCAAUGCACAAGUGCACAAAGGUUGCAGAGAGCAUCUUCCUGUUUGUGCCAAAGUAAAAAUGAAGCCGCAAAAACAACAGCAAACUAUUCCAGAUUGUGCCUCAAUGCCUGCCGUCACCCCAAGAAGUAAAACGCUCCCAGCACGAGAACGUCCAUGGUCCACCAUCUCCAUUCCAGAUGACCAGCCCGCGCCUCUCGCCCCUCCACGAAAAAGUCAUAGCAGCGUCAUGUCUUUCAACAGUAACCCACUGUCAAAGAGCAUGUCCAUUAACAACAUAGCAGGGCAAAUGGAAGACCUUCCUCUGAAGAGUCUAAAGUUUCUGUCCCUGUCCACUGACUCUCUUCACAAGACCAGUAAAGUCAGCGAGUCCACAGAAUCUCUUACUGAUGAGGGUAUGGAGAUGAUGGACAGUCAGUUAAUGGGGGAAUUUGAAAUCGAUGCCAAAGAGCUGGAAGCAGAUUCUUGGAGCUUCACAGUGGACAAGAAAUAUCUUAAACAGCUUAAGAAGGAUGUUAUCAAGAGGCAAGAUGUCAUCCAUGAGCUCAUCCAGACAGAAAUGCAUCAUGUGAGAACCCUGAAGAUCAUGGCGGAUGUUUACAGUAAAGGCCUUCAGAGGGAAGUUCAACUGGAAGUACAAACCAUAGAGAAGAUGUUCCCCAUGAUGGAGGAUCUUCUGGAUUUGCACACGCAGUUCUUCACACAGUUGAUCGAGAGGAAGAAAGAUGCAGGGUCAGAGAGUCUAGAAGAGGGGGGCUUCGUUAUCAGAAAGAUUGGUGACUUGCUGGUCUCUCAGUUCUCAGGUUCCAAUGCUGAGAGAAUGAAGAAGGUCUAUGGGAAGUUCUGUAGUAGACACAAUGAAGCAGUGAACUUCUACAAGGAGCUUCACUCCAAAGACAAGCGUUUUCAAGCCUUCGUCAAGAAAAAGAUGAGCACCCCUGUUGUCCGAAGGCUAAGCAUUCCCGAGUGUAUAUUGUUAGUCACACAACGAAUCACCAAGUACCCCGUGUUACUGCAGAGAAUACUGCAACACACGAAAGAGUAUGAGGAGGACCAUGCAGAUUUAACCCAAGGUCUGAAGCUGGUGAAGGAGGUCAUUGCUGCUGUUGAUAAUAAAGUGAACGAGCAUGAGAAAAAGAAGAGGCUAAAGGAAGUGUACAGCCGGACGGACAGCAAGUCCAUCAUGAGGAUGAAGAGUGGACAGAUGUUUGCCAGAGAAGAUCUGUUACGAGGGCAAAAGAUGAUUCAUGAUGGGCCGCUGCAGCUCAAGAACUCUGCUGGGAGACUCAAGGAUGUCCAGGCCCUUCUGCUGAGAGAUGUGAUUGUCUUCCUGCAGGAGAAAGAUCAGAAAUACGUAUUUGCUUCGCUGGACCAGCGCUCCACAGUCAUCUCCCUGCAGAAACUGAUCGUGAGGGAAGUAGCCAAUGAGGAGAAAGGUCUGUUCCUGAUCACAGCCGGCAUUGAGAAACCUGAGAUGGUGGAGGUGUACACCAGCUCCAAAGAGGAGAGAAACACAUGGAUGCAACUCAUUCAGGAGGCCAUGCAGUCAAUACUGUCGAUUUCCUCCAGGGAGAGAGACGAUGAUGAAGGUGUUCCAAGUGAAAAUGAAGAGGACAAGAGACUUCAGGAAAUCAAAGUCAAAGAGCUAAGAGAUCAGCUGCAUAAGAGAGACGAGCAGAUCUUGGCUUUACUGGAGGAGAAGGUGAAGGUGUUCAGAGAUAUGUGUGACUGUGGCGUGUCAGACGAGACUGACUCCAGCCUCCACAGCCGAAUGCUCUUCAGAGCCACGCCCGAUGACAUCACCAAAGGGGAACCCAUCAUGAUAGACGCACUGAAGGAAGUUGAGACGUUGCAGGUUCUGGUGAAUGGCAGUCUGGGAGGGGCCAUGCAGGAUGGCGUGUGUGGGACAGGGGCCGUGUCUUUGCCAAGACGGGCAGAAACAUUCAGUGGCUUUGAUAGUCACCAGAUGAACAUCUCAAAGAGUAAAGAUGGAGACAGAGAGGAGACGGACGAUUCUGCAGAGCUCCGCAGAACUGAGUCAGACAGCGUUCUAAAGAAGACAAGCAACACCAACCCCCUGCUCCUACUCAAGAGGAACAACGAGCAGGUUCUUCAGAGUGUCGCUCAUCUACAUGACUUACUCAACACAUUACAGGCCAUCGUUGUCCAGCAAGACACCUUCAUUGAAGACCAACGUCACGCCCUAAACGAACGCACACAUCCUUCUCGCCAUCACUCCAUCUCCUCCUCUACCUCCUCUUCUUCCUCCUCCUCAUCACGGCCGAGCUCGCUGAUCGAGCAGGAGAAACAGCGAAGCCUGGAGAAGCAGCGGCAGGAGGUUGCCUGCCUGCAGAAGCAGCAGGCCGCCCACGCCGAGGAGAGGAAGCGAAGAGAGAAAGAGUGGGAAGCACGGGAGCGUGAGCUCACCCAGAGGGAUGCGCAGCUGCAAACCCAAGAAGAGGAUGUUCAGAGGAGGCACAGGGAGCUGGAGGAGGAGAAACAAGACCUCCAGAGUAAGAAGGAAGAGUAUCAGAGGGACCUGGCCCGCCUCAGAGACAGCCAGAAGAAGCUGGAGAGAGAACGAGAUCAGCUGCAGAGAGAUGCAGAGCAGAUCAGACUAACAGAGGAACAGAGGAAGAACCGGUCCCCCUCCACCACGUCCGAGGACUCAAAGUUCCAGAGCUCUAGUUCAUUGGACCGUGACCCCUCAGAGUUGGAGCUCUCCUCCUUGUCUGCCCGAGACUUCCUAUCCCGCAUGGAUUCCAAACGCAAAGGGAAGAACCUCAAUCCUUUCUCCUCCAACUCAAGCCAGAAGAGCCAGAACAGCGAGGCGCAGAGCCAGAUCCCCAGCCGUCUGCUGCAGCUGGCCAAACCCAAGGAGAAGAAGGAGAAGAAGGACAAGAAGAAGAAAAAGGGGAAGGGACAGCAGAGCCAAAUUGCAGAAUCUCAGAGCACUGUGGUUCCAGAUGCAACCACGGACGGCGAGAUCUUUUUCUGCUGAUAUGGCCCUCCUUCAUCAUCCUUUUUCCCCACAGUGCCUCUGUGCAGGGGUCACUGGUCUCUUGGUUGUGGACGGUAAACCAGAGUCCAGAAGCAGUCCUGGUGCCCCCUCCACCCCCCCACACAUACUUGUGGUCUUGAUGGGCAUCAGGCCUGGACAGAACGUUUUAACUGAGCGUUUCCUGUGACCUGAUUUUUGGCGGUUGUCUGCACAGUGACUUCAAUCACAAUUUCUUUUCUGAAGAAGAUUAAGACUGUGCACCAGUGUUGGGGAACAAUAUGUGUCAGAUAUUAGCACCUGGGGCACUUUUUCCACACAAAGAAAAAUAAAGAUUUAUAACAGCAGGUGGUGUCACACUGGGAGAGAGCUGGCUUUAGAACAGCUGUAAAAGUCUCCUUUGAGCACUUUCCAUUUCACUGAAGGACAUUUGACUAAUGAAGAUACUAAUAAUCAGUGAGUGAAGUCAAAUUGAAAUUUGCAAUGCAGUGACUAAGUUUCUACACCUUUCCAUGCUUUUUCUUUCUUACCUGUUUUGUUACUGUGUGUCCUGCCUCAAUAGUAAUACUAUACUUUCAGCAGACAAACCGUUUUCUUUCUUUUUGGUCUUCUAUACUGUGUCCUAACCAGAUGUGACAUGAUAAAGCGACAAGCGUUUCAAGCUAUCUCAUCCAUGUCAGUCUGGGUUUUGUUGUAAUCAGCCGCAACAAGUGACACGUCAUUUGUACGAUCACUUGAUUUCUAUUUCUACUGUGCCAGUCUGGGUAUCCCCGCCCACUGUGAAAUUUCAUUGGUCCACAAUCCCGCUCUCCUUUCUGAAAAUGGAACAUCCAAUAUCUUCUGAUUGGCUGUGAUUGUGUUACAUCGCAUAGCAGUUUUGCGCUCCGUGUGUACACGCAAAUUGCUUGAUGCUGAAAACUGCAUUGCAUUUGGUUAGGACAUGGUGUGAAAAUAAACUUUAGGUCCUGUGUAAAUACACUGCCAGCGUUGGUUUUAUUCCAGUUUAUAAGGUAAAAGGUUUUGUAAUUGAUCAUAAAGGGAUGCAACAUCAAGCCUUUUAUGAAUCCAAGGGAUACAUUUGAAAUCAUUUUAAUGAGCAUGACAUAAAUGGAAGCGUAAAAGUGUAUUGCAGUAAUGUUGUUUAUUUAUUGGUUUUGUUAAUAUCGUUUCCCUCCCUAAGUGAAUGAAAGAAGGUCUAUGUUUAUUUCACUUAAAAGAUGACACAGAGAAUAAUUUUGUUUCACCUAAACCCCACACUUUUUUUUUUCUUGUAAGCCGCAAUGCAAUUUUAAUCCUUAGCACUUUAUAAGCACAUUGUCAAGUGGAAAAAAAUGGCUGGCUUUAAGACUAGACAAUCGAUCAGCUCCACUUAACUGGUAAACAGCCUCCUUUGUAUGUGGAUGAAAACGAGAGUUUUUAUUUGAUAAUCUUUUACUGUACCAUAUGAAUGUUAUUGUAAAUUUGUUCAACCAAACAUAAAGCUAGCUUUUACGUAAGCUACCAAAAGAGCGGGUGUUUUAACUGCAGUAUUUUGUUUUCCUUUUUUAUCGAAUCUGAAAUGUCAAACUGAAAAAUAUGAGGGAAUCAACUUUAUUAGGUGGGAUUUACAGUGAUUUGUGUUAGCCGUGGGGUAUCGUAAAAUGCAGUUUCCAUCCGAUUUUCCAUGGCGGACAUGUUUGAUCUGCUUGACAGCAGGACAAUGUACUAAAAGUAUGAAUACAUUGUGUAUGUAUUAAAAGCCUGAAUUGUACCCUCUAACUAGAUCUUAGCCAUUUAAAAAGCCCUCGCCUGCUGGCCAGGCUCACAGUUCUGUUGAACAUAAGGAAAUAUUUUAAGAAUGCAGAUAAAAGUGUUAAUUUAAGCUUUCUGCUCUGUUUUUAUUUUCUUGAAAUUAAACUUCUACCUAACCACGCCUCUCUAAUGCGUUAGAGUGAUGAAUCAUUUAUUAAUCAGUACCCCUUGACUACUCUUUGGAUUUAAUUCAUUCAUCCUAGAGAAUUUUAAGACUUAUCAGUCAACGUAUUCCUCAGAGGAAGUAUGGCUGCUGAUGCUGAGGGAUUCUGCAUGCUGUAAUGAAUUAAACCUGGUGCUAAACUGAGGGAAAAAAAAGGCCUUGACCAUCAGAGGGCGCUGUGGCGAUGUUCACCAGGGCUCAAAAAUAAAACAAUCAUUUUAUCUAUUCUAGUCCUACCUAUCUCAUCACUCAAGCUAUACAGAACCAUGUGUGUUUGUUGAUUAAUCAUUCCUUGUUCCAUUGAGGCAUUUGUCAUCGGCCAACGACUGGGAUAAAUAGUAACUGAGGCCCAUGCUCACAUUUGUUUUUAACCUGCCUUAAAUAUCCCCCAGAUCCUACAGUGUUUGUUGGUUCCUUUUCACUGCCAAAUCCUCUUUCAGAGAACUCUCAAGAUGAACUAUUACUAGCACUGUAGCACACGUGAAGCUACAUGGAAGUGUACUUUUUCAUUUGAAAUAAUGGCUGCCGUGAGAAAUGCACAUGAGAAAAUUCAGAAUCGUCAACAUGUUAAUGCAAAUCAAACUUGGAGACAUCUGCUUUGGAAAGUGACCAGUGGUUACAUAUAGGUGCAGUAAUUUCUUGUCAAAUUUUAUGUAAAAAGGGGCAAAAAUACCACAAAAUUUGUAAAUAUCUGUAAUGUAAAAAAAAAAAAAAAAGUAUGAAUUAUGUAUUUUCAUUUUGUGAUUUGAUUAAAGCAUUUUAUAACUAGCUUUAUAAGCAUUCUCUGGUUUGGAGAUAUGACAAAUGUAAAUAAAAAAAAUAUAUAUAUACAUCUUAAUAAAUAACUGUUGUAUGACAA